CGCUCCAGUGUAGACACAAUGCGAAGGACCUGCUGCUCAAGUGUUGGAAUUUAAAAUUUGGAAUUGUCGCUGUUUAUUGAACAUAGAAUAACGCGCCGGUUAGUGUGCGAUAUGGCAUGGACGUAGUUUGCUAUACUUUUAGCCACCCGACAUAAGCGGAAGUCGAGCGCAUAAACGCAAUUGCCGGCAGUCAGGAUAUGACAUGAAAGCGUACGAACGACAGCCGUACUUCGUUGGCAACAUGUAAAGGAAAGUACGCUUUUCCAAAACGAUAGCCACCAAGAAAUUGCACAUCAUUGUGUGCUAGACCAAAGUAAGGUGUGAAAGGGGAAAGAGAAAGCUGUCGACGCAACCAAAUCGAGGAAGUGAGUGUUUGAAUUUUAAAAUCUAAAUGGAAAUGUACUGUGACAUUUGCAUUUAUACACCACGCUACGCUGGACGUUGUGGAAAAUUACCGCUAAUGCCACAGCUGUGAGUAGAUGUUGGUGUUAUUGUACAUACAAGCGCACAAUAAUUACAACCGAGUGCACGAAGGAAGCGAAAGGAUAAUUGCACAAAUGCGCGGCUAAGUUGAGCGCGACUGAGGCGGGUUGUGGAAGAAGUGGCAGUGUACCUGAAUUAUACAAAUAAAAAGUGCAAAAACGUGGGAAAGGGAAGUGAGAUGGAUAAUAAGAAAUGAAGAAAAAAGUGAGAGGGCUUAAGGAAUAGAGUGAUCGGGGCGUGAAGUGAAAAAAGAAAUAAAAAAUAAGGUAUACAAAAGUUUAGUGGCGAAAGAAACAACGAAAAAGUGAAGUAAAUGGCAUUGCGAAUUAUGAAAAGAAAUUAAAAAUCUGAACAAGUGUUUCCUGCUGUUCACGCAGCUCAAAUAAGCGAACUCACCCAUUAGCGCUUUAGCGAAAGAUAUCGAAACCAACUGCCAGUGGAUCGCGCCUGUGUCCGUACGUUUUAACGUGCGCGCUGUCGUACCACCAAUCGUGUGCCAUCUCUCAUUCUCUGCGACUCUAGCUCCGUCUCUCACUCUUCAACUCUCCGUCUUACUUAAUCUCAACUGGCCGAGCGGAUCAAUCACUCAAUCAGUCACCUACUCAGUCCAUUGCGCAGAGGAUCUUGUGGCUUUUUGGCUUAUAAAUGUACAAGGACAGCAGCUGCCGCAGCAGUCCGCAGCCAAUACCGCCAAAAGAAACUCCCACAGCGAUAACUACAGCAACAACAACUAUAACGACAAUAGCCACAGCAUCAACUAUAACCACAACUAUAGUUGGGACAUCUGCCGAGCCUACGGCGAGCACACAACUGCCGCAACAAAGUGGGACUGAUAGCGUCGCAGCAGUCAAGUGUAAUGCGAACGCAGCCUUAGACGCAGCAACGCACGCACAACGCAUAAGCACUGAGUCAACAGCGCCUAGCGCCACAGAAGCAACGAUAGACACGAGCGUAGCGCCGGUCGAAGCAGCAACAACAACAAACGUAGCCACAGCCCCCACAAAGAGCAUCAGCAUAAGCACCAGCAGCAACACCACGCCCAUCACCCUCAGCCUCGCCGCCGAACACUUGGAGGCGGAGUACUACCAGCUCAGCUGCGCCUCAGAUUGUUCGAUUUUGUCAUCGUCGACGGCCUCAUCCGCAUCGCACACAUCGUCCAGCGGUAGCGGCAGCGACGACAGCGAGAACAGCGAAGUUUAUACAUUUCGCGCGCGCCCUGCCUUUCCUGCGCACACCUUACGCGCCAUACCCAAGCGCCGCGCCACCUUACGCCGUGAGUACGCACAGGCGCACGAAAGUCAAGAAGCGACGCCGCUGGACGCCGGUAGUCGACGCAGCAGCGCAGUUAGUGGCAUUAGCGGCGUUAGUGGUGUAAGCGGCGGUAGCGACGGCGGAAGCAGCCAUCGACGUCGUCGCAAGCAACAGCAGCGCGCUAGUAUUGGGGCUGAUGUACGCGUGUUGCGCAAAAUCGGCUAUAUUGCAUCGCGCGUGCGCUUUUUGGCGAAAAUCUAUGGUGAUUUCCGGUUGGUGAAUCCCUACAGUCCGGCAAAGCAACGCAAGCAGUUGCAGGACAUACUACUGCGGCAUUCGAUACCCGAUACUGAGCGCAGAAUCGCGGCGGCAGCGUCAGGGUAUCGCACGAAACGCUCAACAACGGCGGUCGACGUACCGGUAGCGGUAGUGACAUCGUCAGCGGCAGCGAUAACUUCAACAGCGGCGACUACUCCGCUGACGAGUAAACGCAGUCUGACGCCUGAUAGUUCCUUGGCGAGUAGCAGUUACGGCGUAGCGAAGGCAAGCGAGGAAGACGAUAAGACGCUGCAGGGGCAAGCGCCUAGAGCUGAAGAAGAGCCGACGUUAAGUUCUUUAGAAGACGACGAGGAAGAGGAGGAAGACGAGACCUCAGCCACUUACACGGCGGGCACAGUGCGCCGCAAGUCAUCCGUCGGUGCAGCAGGCGCUGGUGAGGAGGAGAGCGCCGCAUCAAAGCGUUCGCUUGCUGUGCUGGAGGAGCUGCUGGUACAGUUCUAUGAGCAGCGGCAGCAUCGCAUCACCGUAAUACGGCGGCGACAGCACAGUCGACGCGGCAGUGAGCGCGGCAACGGCAAAAUUGCCGCAGGCAGCAGACAGCAGUCAACGCAGCAGCAACAGCCACCACAACAACUAAUCAUUAUGAGCGGCGGCAGCGCUGUGGGGACAGACAGCAACGUCGCACAACAGCUACUGCCCACAGCCGCCGAUAUAGAGCAGCAGACAAAUUUACGUAAUGCCAAUAAUCUUUACAAUAGCAGUGACGCCGGCGAUGGCGGCAGCAAAGUUAACGUCACGGCGUCAGCAACAGCCAGUAAUAACCAGCAGGGCAGCUCAAAAGCUGCGUCUGGCGCAAAGGAAUCUAGUCAAUCACAAAAGCCGCAGCCACAGCCACAUCAGCAACGCAGCUAUAGCAACGCCUUUCUGCAGCCAUUCAGCAUGAGCGGUUGCUUGGAUCGGCGGCGGCGCGCCAGCGAUUGCUCAACACACCCCAGCAGCCAGCAGCUAUUACAGCAGCAGCUGUUGAGCAAUCAAUUGCAUGUGACGCUAAAAAACAACAACUAUGCGGGGCUAACGUCGAGCACUGGUGGCAAAUUUCCGUACCAUCGCGGCAGCUGCGGUGGCGCAGGCGAGCAUCUCUUAGCCGCCAAUUCGAUUGCCAAUCGCGCGACGAUCAUACUAAGCAAAUCGUGCAGCAAUGUGGAAGGCGGGCCGGCGGCUGCGGCAGCGGUAGCGACAGCAGCGGCGCUUUAUGGUGGUGUUGGCGGUGAUGCGAUGCGCAAGCUCAGCCUUGGCGGCCAGCUAGAAGCGUCAAGUAAUGGAAAUGUGGUGUCGCCGGCGUUGACGCCCUCGCCCACACAGCAGCAGCAGCAGCAGCAGCAGCAACAACACACCGCUAGCGGGCCGGGCAGCAAUGGCAACAAUGAAUACAACAUUGUGCAGCUAAAUAACACAAUCAUCCAAUGUCAUUUCAACGAUGAGGAUUUUCGUGCGCUCAUCAAGGAUCUGAAGCGCAAGGUGGAGUACACCGAGCGCAUGAAUUGGCUAUGUGAGUAG